GACCAAGUGGGAUGCUCAUUGUCACACUUUGAGUUUGGAACACACCCCACCCCACCCCACCCCCGGACUGUAGACUCCUGGCCCUGUAUCUAGAUCCAGGUUCCAUCAAGGCCCAGGUCCCAUCCUGAGGGUCUCGGGCUCCAAGCCUUCCCAGCCUAGGUUGCCACCUGCAGGCCCCUGAGCUCCGUGCUGGCAUGUGGCUCCCUCUGCUGCUGGGUGCCCUGCUCUGGGGGGCGCUGUGGCUGCUGCGAGACCGCCAGAGCUUACCCCCCAGCGAUGCCUUCAUCUUCAUCACCGGCUGUGACUCCGGCUUCGGGCGGCUGCUGGCGCUUCGACUGGACCAGCAGGGCUUCCGAGUCCUGGCCAGUUGCCUGACCCCCUCAGGGGCAGAGGACCUACAGCAAGUGGCCUCCUCCCGCCUUCACACAGUGUUGCUGGAUGUCACUGACCCCCAGAGUGUCCAGGGGGCCGCCAAGUGGGUAAAGACACAGGUCGGGGAAACAGGGCUCUUUGGUCUGGUGAACAAUGCUGGUGUGGCCGGGAUCAUUGGGCCCACCCCGUGGCUGACAUGGGACGAUUUCCACCGGGUGCUGAGUGUGAACACCCUGGGCCCCAUCAGGGUCACCCUGGCACUGCUCCCGCUGCUGCAGCAGGCCCGUGGCCGGGUGGUCAACGUCACCAGCGUCCUGGGCCGCCUGGCGGCCAAUGGCGGUGGCUACUGUGUCUCCAAAUUUGGCCUGGAGGCCUUCUCUGACAGCCUGAGGCGAGAUGUGGCUCCUUUUGGCGUGAAGGUCUCCAUCGUGGAGCCUGGCUUCUUCCGAACCCCCGUGACCAACCUGGAGAGUGUGGAGGAGGCCCUGCGGGCCUGCUGGGCAAGGAUCCCUUCUGCUACCCAGGCCCAGUACGGAGAGGCCUUCCUCCCCGAGUACCUAAAAGUGCAGCAGUGGAUCAUGAGCCUGCUCUGUGAUCCGGACCUGACCAAGGUGAGCAGGUGCCUGGAGCACGCCCUGACUGCCCGUCACCCCCGAACCCGCUACAGCCCCGGCUGGGAUGCCAAGCUGCUCUGGCUGCCGGCCUCCUACCUGCCAGCCAGCCUGGUGGACGCUGUGCUCACCUGGAUCCUUCCCAAGCCUGCCCAAGCCAUCUACUGAAUCAAGAGUCAGCACUGAGUGAUUUCUACCCCCACUCUGGAACUGCUUGGUACCAGGCACAAAGUAGGCCCAGGAUAAAUGUAGACUGUUCAGCAAGAAGAAAAUUAAACAGUCAAAAACAUAA